AUGUCCAUCAAACGCCGGCUGCGGCGCCUGAAUGCCGAGGACGAGAAGGUCCCAGAGGCUCCGAACCCGAAAGCAGCGGCCAAGGGCAAAGCGGAGCCGAAGGCCGCGGCGGUUCCCGAGGAAAAGCCCAGUGGCCUCCCAGAGAGAAAGUGGAUUGGCCUUCCCAAGUACGAGCUGCGGGCCUUGCUUUGUGGCGGUGGCUGGCCAGCAGACCCAGUUCUCAUGGAGGAGGAGACAAUCGACGAGCAGAAGGUGCAAGAGCUCACAGAAUCGCUGAGUUCCUUUCGGUCGCUUCUUGCCCGCAAAAUGAGCUUCCGCCAGACGUGUGCCUACAGUGCACCAACUCUUCGGAAUCUGAGGCCGGUUCACCGAAGCAUCGUGGAUGGUGGCCGACUUCAGUUCUAUGAGCGCUACAAGAAGCAGUUUGCAGCAGAGGUUUCCCGGUGGAAUGCAGAGAUGUCGGCAAGAGAAGCCAAAGAAGAGGCCGGAGAAAAGAACUGGCAGUCCAUGAUUCGGCAACUGCGGGGCGAGUGA